GCCCACAUCUGGCUUAAAACCUCACUCUGGAAUCGCCAUGGACACAUUCCGCUUUGACUGACACACCGACGGAGCUGCAGUGACCAGUUCUUGGAAUACAACCAUGAAAUUGCUUCAGGAUUCAGAGGACGCAAAGGCUGAAAGAAAGCGUCUCAAACCUCAGGUGGAGAGACGUCGAAGAGAGAGAAUGAACCGCAGCCUGGAGAGCCUGAAGACUCUUCUGCUACAGCGACAGGAAGCGACUCAGCGCAGAGUAGAGAAAGCUGAGAUACUGGAGCACACAGUCCUCUUCCUACAGACCACUGCCAAAAGAGACGAGACGGGAGAUGGAGGUGGUGGAGGCCAGAAACACUCCUUCCAAGACGGCUUCUCCACCUGCCUGCAGAGAGCGUCUCAGUUCCUGGGACCUGAGGGGAAAGGCGUGUGGCUCGGAGCAGCUCUGGAUGCGUCUUUUGCUGCUCGCCUUUCCCGUCCAGACUCUGAUUCUGCAGGUGCUCAACAAACAACUGAAGCUCGUCCUUCAUCCAGCUCGCUACUUCUCAGGAAGUCCUCAAGGCAUAUUCUUCGGUUGCUGAUACUUAGGUCUCGGCUCAGACGAUGCACGCCUGCUGUCUCUGUGGCCAGUUGUGUUCAGACCCGGCGAGAUUCACACCGCCCACUCACAGCUCCACAACAGCCCCAAAAAGUGGCGCGUAGAGUGAGCACACAGGGCCCGUCUCAGAGCCAACCGGUCAACCAGACUUUGUCUGUUUGUUUGUGGAGGCCCUGGCCCUGAUCACAAGGCAGUGACCGCAGAAACUGAACUUUGAAAGACUCGUAACAUGCUGAUAAAUAUUCAGACAAGAGCAUGUGUUGUUCAUCUGACUUUCUGCAUGGACAUUUUCAGUACAAUGUAUUGAACACGAGCCUCCUGCUUUCUGUAAAGUCUGAUACGUGUGUAGAUAUUGUAAAUUUAUUAUGAUCACACCAAGUGCUGCUGCAGCCUGUACGGGCCAACACGUUUUGAUUGUGACAUGUUAUGUUCUUUGCACCUUAAUUUAUUUCAGUUGUCAUUCGAAAAUAAACAAAAUAUCACUAAACAAUGCGCGUGUGUUCAUUGAUUGUUUGCUGACACGUGUCUUGACUUGACACUUGUGGAUGAGAGGGGCCAUGCGGUGAUGUUUCACACAAUGAAACAAUAGAAAUCCUCACUUCUUUACUUCUACAAAGUUUAACAUACAUAAAAAAAAAUAAAUACAUACAUUAAAUGUAAUUGGCAUUUUAUUAAUAAAUAUAAUAGACUGUCAUCUUUAUAAUAGAAGUAUGUGGACAGAUAAGAAUUAUGGUUCAAUUAAAUAAUUUCAGGUUGUUAAAAAGUGGUGGCCGUGCG